CAGUUCCGAGUGCUUCUCCAGAGAACCAACAUACGCUGCUUUCAUUUCUAUCUAAACUUUGAUUCAAAUUAUUUGACUUACCGCUAGGAAUACCUAGAACCAUGUAUCAAGAGCAGAAAAUGAAACUAUUGGUCUACCGGUGAGGUGUUAAAAUAAAUAGCAAACCUUUUUUUCCUAAAUUGCAGUAACACUCGAAACGAUCGAUUACAAAGUCCAUCAAACAUCGAGAACCUCGAUCGGACAUUCAUGAUCGGUGGUAGCCAGAUCAGAGGUUCUACAAACGGAUUGCGUAAUUAAUCGCGCGACUUAAUCGAGUGGCGAAUUAAUUGGGACAGAUUUACGAGCGGUUCGUAACAGUGGGUCACGAUACCCCGUUCAGGAUCAUGAAGUAUCACGGGCAGCUGACCACGCGACCUUCGCAAACGAGAAAAACCGCACGGGAACAGCGUGGUUCGAUUCGAGGACGUUAAAGGGAGCGUGCAUCGAGAAGCGGUCUGAAAGGAAUCGAGUAAAUUGAGCUUUUCACGCUUCCUCGCGACUAAUAUCUGUUUGCGAGCCACUCGAGAUAAAAUCGCGAAAAGACAAGAUCGCGGGACGAGAUAACGAGCUGGUUUAUUCGCAAGGCAAUUCGGACGGACAGAGGGAGAGAGGGUGCGCGUAAUUAGCAAACAGUUGGCCAAGUGUUUCCACGGGAACGGUUCGAUUUCCUCAGACCUACUCGUCAAAGAAGCUCUGAUCAAAGGCCAGUUUAAUCGCGUGGCUAGCCGUUGUGCAAAUUGUAGCAACUGCGAAAAGACCCGAGCCAACCUCCGCUGGCUCUUUGUAACCAUCUCUUAGAAGCUACAUCGACUCGCGACACAUCCUCGAAACGGCCGAUCGAUGAGGACCAACUUGUUAACCCGGUAUUUCUGAACAACCCAGAAACCUAUCCAGCCGGCGAAUUUCCCAGAUUUUUAUCGGCGUAACACGCUGGAAUGAGGGUGUCGCUCGAGAACAGAAGGGAAUUCGACGAACGCGGCUCGCGAACGAAGCUUUUCGAAGCGAGCUGAAAGUUCCCGCUGAAAAAAGUGCAUCGCUAUCUCGACGGUGUCCCGACGGAGAAAUUAUAAACAGUCGACGUACAAAACGCGAAGAUAAGGACGAGUCGAGUGCAACGUUUGUGAAAAGAUAAAAAUAUAAAUAACGGGCCGCGGGGAUGUGGGCGGCAUUAACAAAAAGGCGUGCGGAAUAAACGAACGUGCAAAGUUUCUUAAUGGAAAAGCGGAAGGGUGAAGUUGACGAUGGCGACAGCAAAGGGUUCAAAGUACAAACUCGCUGGAAAUGAGUGAGAACGUACGUUGAACAAGGUGAGAUCAGAGAAGGACAUGUGAUCUCUGAACGGUGUUUCUACCGGAAGCUAGUUAGCGUAGCGAUAAGGGACUCUCUGCUGGUUCUGGCGAACGAUUGAAAAUCUCGCCGGUUCGCUGAACGAUAUUUUACGGUCAAAGGGUGCGCGAGAAUGACGGGGAAGCGUGACAAGUGAGAGGGAGGGAGUGACGAUCAAGGGAAAAGCAAGAGAACGAGAUCGGGACAGACAACGGGAAAUUGUAGAAUUUCGUUGGAAGGGUUACGUCCUGCGGGUGAAUCGGUCGGACGACGGUGAUGGCAUGAGGACAUUAGUAAGGAGGAGCUGCGGGUCCAGCGAGGAGGAGGAUGAGGAUGGUGGUGGGCGUGAUGGUCCUUGGUCAGCUACUGACGAGGAUUCUGCUCGCUGCCCAUGCUGGAGAUCGACUCGCGGCAGCUCGCAGAAUACUCAGGGAUGUGCCACUGAUAGACGGGCACAACGAUCUCCCGUGGAACAUACGCAAGUUCCUGAAGAAUCAGCUAAGGGAAUUCAGGUUUGAUGACCUCAGGGACACCCAUCCUUGGUCACGGAGCGCCUGGAGCCACACGGAUCUCAGAAGAUUGAAAGAGGGCAUGGUUGCAGCUCAGUUUUGGUCAGCUUACGUGCCUUGCUCGUCUCAGCAUCUGGACUCGGUGCAGCUGGCUUUGGAGCAAAUCGACCUGAUUCGUCGGCUGGUCAACAAGCAUCCCGAAAGCAUGGUCCUCGUAACUACGGCGGAAGGUAUAGAGAGAGCGCACAAGGAGGGUAGAUUGGCGAGCCUGAUAGGGGUCGAAGGGGGCCACGCGGUUGGAGCUAGUCUGGCAGUUCUGAGGAUGUUGUACGAGUUGGGUGCCAGAUACCUCACCCUUACGCACACAUGCAAUACACCUUGGGCAGAAUGCAGCACAGCGGAUGAACCCGGUCAAGUGGCUCGCAUCGGUGGCCUCUCCAAUUUCGGCAAGAGUAUCGUCCUCGAGAUGAAUCGGCUGGGAAUGAUGGUGGACCUGUCGCACGUUUCCGUGCCCACGAUGCUGGUGGCGAUGAAGACGUCGCGGGCACCCGUUAUUUUCAGCCACAGUAGCGCCCACGCCCUUUGCAAUUCCUCGCGAAACGUGCCUGACCAUGCGCUACGACAUUUGGCGCAGUCCGACGGUAUAGUUAUGGUGUCCUUCUACCCCCAUUUUAUCAGCUGCGGCGAGAAAUCGACGUUGGAGGACGUGGCUGCUCAUAUCGAUCACGUGAGAACUGUCGCCGGAAUUGACCAUGUCGGAAUAGGUGCUGGAUAUGAUGGGAUCAAUCUGACACCGACGGGCCUGGAGGACGUCAGCAAAUACCCGGAGCUUUUUGCGGAGUUGUUGGCGCGCGGUUGGUCGGAGAAAGACAUCCGAAAGCUGGCUGGGCUCAAUCUGAUUCGCGUGUUCAAAGCGGUGGAGAAGGUUCGCGACGACAUGGCAGCGGAGGGUAUAGAACCACUGGAGGAGGAAAUUCCGCACGAGGACAUAAUAGGUCGGGAUUACUGCCGUUACAACGUGAAACGACUGAUGGCGCCGUAGCGAGGAUAUCGAAAGGAUCGAGUACAGCGAAGAAAAAGAGGAUGAAGGUAGAGGGGAAUCGAGGAAACGGUCAUGGCGAACCAAACUCUCUUCGAAAGCACUUCGACUCGUGAAUUCUAGCAUCUGCGAAGGACGGCUCGGGUGUCUCGACGCGUCCCCUUUCGAUUCUUUUCUCCGUUUCGCGUCAGCCAUGAUCCUCGGCCGUGUACGAACGUAAGUAGAUAGGCAAACUCGAUUUCCUUCGAAGAGGCGCGACAUUGACAAGCGAGAACCGGUGAAAGGUCGUCUAGCGGAAGAGUGUGUUCCUUCGCAGAGGAAUGAUAGGUUUUUGCGAAAAUAAAAGAGAACGAUGGAAUCGUGUGCGUUUUUCCUGCGAUUCGAAGACCAACGCGUUUACACGGACGUCCGAGGAAUAAAAGCGUAUUCAAUCCGAACGAUUUCCUCGUCGAUGCUGGAACCAAAACCGUUCUAGUCAAUAUGCUAAUUAUAUUAUGUAUAAAUAUGUACACAUAACGAUCGAUCUCGCGAACGACUGACACAGAACGUGACCUAUUGUCACUGAUACGAAUGCGUGGAUGUUUAACUGUGUUGCGUGUGAGUGAGACCGCGUGCAAGUGAGCAAAAUGUUUGUACAUAUGGUACCUGAAGUCGAAGAACAUAUUGAUCCUCCUACGGAACAGAUCGGCCUUAACGGGGACACGAUUGUAAUCGUUAUGAAAUCGAACAACGGCAAACAUAGAACCUGCAUUAUCCAAAUUACUGAACAGAAGUAUUCCGGAAAUUUUUAGAUAAUCAAAAAAAUCAUGUAUUGCAGAUAUCUGCAAGAAACUGAGAAGUUCCAUUAUCGAAAUUGCUAGGUAAAUAUAAGUAUUCGAAAAUCUUGCAAAAACAGAAAAUAAAAUUUUGGAUUUAUUGGAAUUGGAACGCGUCAAAACCACCUGUGUGCACUUCGGUAUGCAUACAAAAUUGGACGAAUGGAACUUCCAUUACCCGAAUUACUAAGGAAAUGUAAACAUUCAAAAAUUUCCGAUAAUAAAAAGUAAAAUUUGAGGUUUAUUGGAACACGGAGAACCCUCUUCACACCUCGAACAUACAAAUUGGUGAAAUGGUCCAUUACCCUAAUUGCUAAAAAAGUUAUUCGGUUAACAGAAAUAAUUCCUGAAGAAAAUAAAAGUAUCGAAGUAGCAAGAACCCUAAGUUCUGCACUUGGAUGACGUAGAUUCUACCACAGUCGUGUAUUCCAAAUUGUUCGAUCGGAUUCCUACUCGCGGCGGAAAAAUUGAAACGGCCGAUUUGAUCGAAGGAAGAUCUAGUUACAUUAGACUCGAGAGAGCCGCAAUCGUUGACUCCGUCAACGAGAACUUUCCUACGAUUUUGCACGAUCGAAGUUGACGUCGACACGCGCGUCGAUGUGUAAUCACGUUCACGAACGACAUUUUUUUUCUCGAAAGGCGUCUCAUUCAUUCUAAACACUCUAAGACUCGUGUAUUCUACUAAACGCACUGAUAAUAUCCUUUCUUAACGAUGUUUUUACGCUAAAGAAACUUUUAAUAUAGUCAAAAUUUUAACGACUGCAUAAAGGAGAAAAAGAAAAUGAUCAACUUCCCUCGUGCCAUCGAUGCAUCUGGUCGUUAAUUUUAAGUACGAGAAUCUGCGGGUCGUUCGAAACUCGCCGUUUAUGUUUCGAUUAAAAGAAAAUCAAGAAAAACUUGUUUCGUAUCGACUGAACGACCAUUCGUGUGCAAGUAGUCGAGAUCAACGAAGCGUCAGUUUCGUGAAUAUAUCCUAACAUUUCAAGCGUUACUGAAACCGGAAAUAAAUUGACGACAAAUCGAAUAUGGUCGUUGUUAAACUAAAAUUAUUUGCUUUAUUCUUUUCCCAUCGUUCCUUACUCCCUUUCAUACUGAAUCGACUACAAUGAUGAAGAAUAUAGAAGACUCCAGUGGUAAUACAAACGUAACGCGUGUAUACACCGCGCGAGAGAAAAGGUCUACAUUGAAAUUAAAAUUGAAAUCGUUCGGUCGAAGUAAAUUUCUUGCGUCGAUUACGAAACGGUCAACGCGUCGCGAUAAUUUUCGACAUCAACGGAAGUCGUUGCGGUGCAAGCACAUCGAGCAAGUAAACGGGCUGGUUGUGAAUCGAGUGCAUCGAUUCGCCAAUUUACAAGUAACAAAGGGCAGAGGCUCGUUGGUGAUUCACACAGCGCGCAGGGAAGCAAUCAGGUGCAAAGUACACGUUGAAAUCGUAAACGCGGGCCUGGUUUAUUGGCAUUUCGGAAUCGUACGUGCUGUAAAUCCCGCCCGGAGGCUUGAUUAGAUUGUCGGACGGUAGAUUUGAUAAUGGCUUGAUUAUCUAUCAAUCGAAUUAAUCAAUCGAAUCCUGCGCAAAAUCGCGGUCGAAUCGAUUUACCUAUCUAACGGAGUUCGUUUUCAGCCGGUGAUUUUAUUACUUAGCGCAAGUAUUAAUCGUUUGAUAGCUGAAAUUAAUUUGCUCGACAAUUCUCCAAAUAAGCAAAGUGGUAAAGAAUUUUUUAAACAAGUUAACAAAAGUUUCGAUCCGACUGCCGCGAAGAUAAUAAGUUUUCGUUCCCCGAUCGUUUGAAAGUGUCCACUGAUCGAAAGUGUCGCGUAAAGUUUGCGAAGAAGGAAGAGAAAGGUAGGCCGAAGGGACAGCGUCGUCCUUUCGGUGAUAAUUAAUUCUUCGUCGUUUGUGGCUGCUUAACGAGCUCGUUAAAAAGUUUUGACACAUUUAGACCCUGGUUGGUCGCUGCAAGAACCAUUUAAGCUUCUUCCGUCGACGGGCCAUGGUUGAACGAGCAGUGGAUUUCUUCGACUCCCUCGUUACUAUCGAAUUCUCUCUUCUGCCCUCCCGAAUCUUCUACUUAAACCUACCCUUUACCAAUUACACCGAAAAAGCACCGAGCAAGAAAGAAUAUCGAAGAGCUUUAAAAAAGUAACAGCAAGAGACCAUUGUUUCGUUCUCGGCGAAAUAUCUGCCAAGUUUAUAACCGAAACUCGACCUAUAAAUUUUAUCCUUUAAUACCGCUACGAAUAAUACCGGAGUUAUACUUCUUGCCCGACUUAUGGAAUUCCAGUAGCGAUACUUCUCGUCUGUGCCGGAUUCCUGCCGACGAUUUGCAAGAACAGAAGUUCCAAACGGCUCGGGAACUUUCGUUGAAUCGUAAAUUACGAAAUGGAAUAGAUAACGUUAUGAUCAGCCAGGUGACGUUCUCCGAGAUCGAACGAGUCAGGCACGUGCAUCGAAUGGUAACCAUCAAACGGUUCGUCUGAAUUUUAACCUUCGAGAUAUGGCGAGAUGAGGUAUCGAGUGGUAGACGGCGUAAACCGAACGGAAAAUUAGUGUCAGGUUUACGCGCAAUUUGCUGCGUCGUCCGGGUUUGCUUUUGGCUAACGCGAUAGAGAAUCAAAUAUCGGGCUGGGUGAUCCUGCCUAGGUAAGGGCUUUACGAUUCGGUCAAUCGUAAAUCGGUCAAAUUGGAAAACCGUUUCUUUACAUACGGUGCAAAUGUUUAACGAUAUCUUGGUAAAACAUGUGCACUCAAAAUCUUUUCAUGAAAUUCAAUUGUAACAUUUGAAACUUUGUGAAAUUCUGCUUCGUGCAGAUUAUCUUAUGCGAAUGAAGUAUGAAAAGUUAUAAAGAAAGAUGGCAGAGUUACGAAUAUGUCAUCUGAGAAAAGAGGUGCAUGAGUUUGCAACGACCCGCUUUCCAAAAUUAAAUUGCCAAACGAAACAAUCGAAAAUGUCUAUUUUCCUGAGACGAAAGAAUAUAAAAUCGUUAAAAAAUUCAUUUAUUGGCGGGUCGAAUAUUUCGGUCACAAAGGAGGAUACAAGAAAUGGACUACGGUGUAUAAAAUAUGUACUCAGCCGGGGCCUUUGAGAAUGAAGGUCCCUCGAGAGCUUUAGGCUCGCUUAAGAUUUUGUUUGAUCUGUAUCCCACAAAGAACAGCCACUUCUUGCUCUUUCACGAGAAACUAGAUUGUUAUUACCUCAUGCAUUCUGCACUUUCAGAAAUUUAUAAACGAAGACGAUCGAACGGGGCUGCAUUAGUGUUUCGAAUAUAGAUUGUUAAAAGAACAAAAGUUUUCGUAUUAUUUUUCAUUGCGACAUAAUUCGAGACAUUCAAAGAGGUUACACAAGGAAUUGUGCAGGACAUAUUCUUCACGACAUCGCCCAGAAUACGACACCAUGAACUAGUAGCAUUUUAUUUCAUGAAAGUUAUAAAAACGUACCGAACUCCAAACUUACGCACCGUUUCGAACAACUGGUCGCAGCAGUGCGUUAGAUCGUAGCAAUAUUUUCUUGUAUAUACACUGACAGAAUAUCCAGCGGUGCUGCGCGACAGUAUCACGCGUCGAAAUCCCAGGAAAUAGAAUGUAAACUUUAUGAGAAAACACGCGUGAAACGAUACCCGGUAACCGUGAACAAGCGGAAAAGCACAGAUAAUAAAAUAGUAUUUUAUUGGAUACUUUCACGGUUGAAGUUCCAACAGCCGCGAUUACGUCCGUUCGAGCGUAUUAAACUGUCUUAAUUUCGCUGAAAAUGAACAGAAAUUUUACGGCCUGCUGAUACAUUUUCAAAUUCAUAACGCGGGCGAGUUAAGACCUCGUAAAAGCCGACCAGAAAAAAAGCUCUCGAGCAUUGUACCAGAUUAUAGAAUUACUGCACCCUUUUUAUUCGUAAUUUCAUGUCCUUACUGUCGGCUUUUUAUUAAUUUCUUUUUUGCGAGAUGAAUGCAUCCGGGGGUUUAAAAAUGGGAAACGUUCAGGAUUUAUGCGACAGUAGUCAUAGCUUUCCUAAUAAUACCGGCUAAAAUUAAGAUAUAAAUUAAAAAACCAAUUUUCCUUUCAUUGGAUACCGACGGGUUCGCUGCAGUAUCUCUGAAAAAAAGAUGAGAUCCUUAUAUGAACGCGAUCGAUUUUAUUCGUUCACGUUUUUUGCUCGUCGCGAAGUUAAAUAUCGAGGGAUCAGUAUCUUUUUCAAACUUCUCGUUUGAAUAACGCACGCGCUACUUCAUUCGACCACUGAAAUAAUACUUUAUUCUUAGUAUGCGGGUCAGCUGGUAUCUUUCAAUUAUUAUUAUUACCGACACUUUUACCGUUUGACCUGGCCUGGUUCGGUCAGGAAGACUUCAAUAGCUACAUUUUGCAUGCGCUCGCAGAUAUACGAGCCAGCGAUACUGAUCGCUUUUUCCUCCCUUUUUCCUUUCCACACUUUUUUAGUUUUUUAUUCUUUUAUCAUACGGUAGUGACAUUGUUUCGACGCGCCGGAUAAUAUCAGUACGAGAUUGCGUUGCAAUCUGCGUAAAUCGAACAAGAGAUUUCGUGUCGAACAUAUUUCACGGGCAAAAUAUGCAAAUUUGCGUUUCACCCAGAAUGUAACGGAAAAUUGUAACGUUCGAAAUAUCAUUUGCAUACAAAACUGCCCGACUUCUAUCCCUGUAAUGGCGCAGAAGACAAAUACAUUUUCAAAAUUUUGGCUCCACUACACCAUUGUCCGAUUAAUCGUCUCUUUUCCACUUGCAUGGCGAUUUCUAACGCAUUGUUCGCUCGUACCGAAAAGAAAACUACAUUAACAGAAUAGAACAAAAAUUUGGUCAGGAUAUAAAACGGAAUAAGUUUCUUUAAAAAUAUUCAUUUUAUUCGUUCACUAGACUUUCUCCAGAUAUAUCUUCUAUAUAUAUAUAAAUAUAUAUAUAUUUCCGAAAUAUCAAUAAUCUGUACAAAAUGAUAGCUUUUACACCGUCUUAUAAAAAUACCGCUUCCAUAAAAACGUCCCUCGCUUGCGUCAGCGAGUCCAAAUUAAAAUCGAAAUUAAGGAAAACGCUCCUGGCGAUAAUUCGAUGAGAAAAGAAGUGACAAUAGCAAGGCCUAAAUCGUUCAACGAAUACACCUAUAGAAUGACAAGAGUCACCGAACAGGGAAUACUACGUUACCUUUAUCUCUCCGACUAUGAUACACAGCGAUCAACGAUCGUUCAUCGCGUAACAGGGAUAUAUAAACGUUUUUUUGUCUGUUCAUAUUCUCCUUAACAAUCACGAUGAAAGAGGUAUAUACCUAUUUGUGAUGUCGCUGCAACGAUGACUGACUCGAUGUAGAAGAGAAAUUUUUGUCGUUGGGAUUCCGCGCCGAUGGAGCUAUACGAGACGUAUAUUUUUAAUUUCGCCAUACGCGUCAAGUCGAGCAACUAACGCACGACGACAAGAAAUCACAACGGAACGAACGUUGCUAUAUUUCGUAUCGUCGAUGCGAGUUUGAACGCUACGUUGUUUACAAAAAGAGAUUUGUAAAUAUCCCAACAGAUGGGAUGGCAAAUUCGUUAACGCAGCAUCAGCGGUGCAAAAUCACAGGUACGUGGCAUCGCUUGUCUACGGAAUCGCUAACUUGAUCAGCUUUAUCGUUGCGUCUCAAAGAUAACAAAAAUAGUUUAACUUAAGGGGUGAAAAAUAACAAGGGGCAAGGGGUGAGGGGACACGAACAAUUUCGCUGUACAUAAACGACGAAACAACGACGUCGAACCGCGAGUUACUAUCGCAAAAAAGGAAACAGGGAGAA